AUGGAGCACAUACCUGAUUCUAACGAUUCUCCAGCGGAAUUUUCUGGUGGCUCCUUUACUCCCCCUGGAACUCCUCCGCCUCUUUCUGCUGGCUCCUUCACUCCCCCAGGAACUCCUCCACCUCUUUCUCCUUCCCACCCCCUCUUCGUUCGCAACCAACAGAUGAUUGAAGACUCCGAUGUUGAUGGCGAGUCAAUGGAGGAGGAUCCAGAAGAAGAAUCGCGCCGACAAAUUCGCGACAUGAUCCAAAACUUCGACGACUCGGAUGAGCCUUAUCUCUUGUUUCAAGUGGAUGGCGAAAGGGUUCUCGCUCCGGGGGAAACAAGUGAAGGCGCAAUUAACCCAGAUCGAAUUCAAGCGGCUCUUCAGAAUCUCGCUCCCGAAGAUGAAGAAACCGUUGUUGCUUUUUUCAACAAGAUGAAGGACGCUUACCUUGAACUGGUGAACAACCCUCAGCGAGACAGGUUCAAUGCUGAAGAGGAUUCUUACUACCUUCACGAUCUGCCCAAAAUUGGCCUUAUCUUGCGAGCUAUCGAUGGAUCUGAUGCACAACUCUUGGCGGAUCUGCUCUUGAGCUGGAUGACUCUUAUUCAAAAUGUUGCAAGUGCUCGCAGAAGGCGCAGGGUUCAAGAGCUGUUGGACUGUAUGACAAACCCGACCCCUUCCCAGUUGUCAUCACUUGGUGCAGACUCUUUGACUGGGGUCUCUCUCUCAGAAUGCUCGAUUUGUCUGGACGACUUCUUCGACAACAAGCGCAUCGUUGUUCAAGCACCAUGCCACCCUACCCAUGCCUUUCAUCGGAUCUGCCUUCAAGACUGGUUAGAAGGACGACUUGACUGUCCUAUGUGCCGAGCCCAAUUUAUACUUCAUCAUUCAUCCUGA